AUGGAUCCUGUCUCGGCCUUCGGUCUCAUUUCGGGCGGCAUUCAAGUCAUUCAGGCCAUCACAUCGACUGUUCAUGGCCUCAAUCAGCUCUAUGGAAAGUUCAAGGACGCUGAUUUGACCAUCCAAUCCCUGAUCCAGGAGCUGAGUUGUAUCGGUGCAGCGCUGACUAGCCUCAAAGAAUGGACCCGCUCGAAUAGCGCCGAUGGACUGCAAUCGGAAGAGUACAGUCGGGAUUUGGCCGUCGCCAUGGGUGGCUGUCGUGUCAUUAUGGAGGUCGUAUCUCACGACGUGUCCACCUUGGUGCAGCAAUCCCGAGAGAUUGGGAUCUCAGGAAUUCGCACUCGCAUGCGAGUAGUUUGGAAUGAAGAGACGAUGCGCGGGCACCAAGAAAAGCUACACUCGCAGGUGAUGGCGCUGCAAUUACUGCUCCAGGUGUGCCAAUGCCACACCUCGACCGAGCAGGUGCGGUUGCUUAGGACUGCUACGACCAGACAGAUCUUCCAUAGAGUUGCGGACGAUACAGCGACUAUUUUGUCCAGUCGCGGAAGCCGCGCCCCAUCUGACACAGACAGCAUGUCUCAAAGUAGCCGAAACUCUGUCAGUGGUUCCGACUUUGAUUUUCACAGGGCUAUAGCAGAGUCACCGGCGUAUCGUAGAACGCUGGAUCCCAUGGCUCUUACUGCAGCCUCGCUAGAUCAAACCCAUCUACCUAUAGCCGAGAGUGAUCAGAGUCCCUUCGCAUUCACUGGCACAGAUGAGGGAUAUGCAAGCAACCGCACAGAGACCACUAACCUAACAAUCCCAUCGCUAAAUAUCCCAGCACCAAAGCUCGAGGAAGAAGGUUAUUUUCCCUUGCCUAGCAGUCCAUCUGGACCUGUACGACAUCCAACGAGCCCUCUCCAUAGCCGGAGUGUUUCUCAUACUCAAAAUUCCCAGCAACAGCAAGCACCGGCCAUCCGAAGGAAUGCAUCAGAUUCAAAAGCGCAGAAAUUGCGUACCUCAGGAUCAAAAAGAGAAAGACUCUCCUCUUUCCUGGGUAUGAGCACCCGCAGUCGCGCUAACCUCGCCAUAUCCCCGGGGGUCUCGCCGAACCCAUCAACUAGCUCUGGCUCAUCUAGAAGAAGACAGAGGCUAGAAGGUGACUUAAGCGCCAGUAUAGACCUCACAGCAAAACAUGCGGCAUCAGUACCCCAGAUAAUCAAAGCAGCCCAGGCGGGCUCUCGAGACGAAGUGGAGCGGCUGAUAGAACAAGGAUGUGAUCUCGAAGCCCGUCACUCCCGCUCAGGUCUAAAUGCUCUUCUCGUUGCGGCACACUGUGGCCAUGAUGACGUUGUUGACUUGCUUAUAACAAGCCAUGCCAAGCUGAACAUGGUUGACAGAGGAGGUCGGACUGCGCUGCACCUGGCCGCAUCUCGUGGGCAUCGAGCUGUGCUAGAAAUUCUGUUGGAAGAGGGUAAAGAUCUCCUCGAGACUCCGAAUUCCUAUGGUCAGACACCUUUGCGUGUAGCUGCGGACUUUGGGCAGCUAGAAGCUGCGUAUCUCCUCCUCGCGUAUGAUGCACAGGUCAAUGCGCGAGCAGAAAACAAGAUGUCUGCAUUGCACGCUGCUGCUAAGCGAGGGGAUAGUGAAAUUAUUCAAAUGCUGAUUUCCCAUGGUGCCGACCUGGAAGCCAAGGACGGAAAUAUGAUGACAGCACUCCACCAUGCCUGCGAGGAGGGACAUCUUGACGCUAUAAACAUCCUCCUAGACAACCGAGCUGCGAUUGAAGCACCGGGUCAGGAUCGCAAAACACCAUUAAUAUGUGCAGCCGAAGCCGGCCGUUCUCAAGCUGUUAAGUUACUCUUAAAACGCAAAGCCACCUCCCGAGGUCUCGACGAGACUGGCAUGACAGCGCUUCAUUGGGCUGCAUAUAAUGGCCACGAAGAGAUCGUUCGUAUUCUAAGCGAAAAAAAGGGAUCGCUCGAUGCCGUCAACAAUAUGGGACGUACCGCGUUACAUCUGGCAACUAUUCAAUCUCAAUUUGCCGUGGUUGACUGCUUACAACGGAAAGGAAUGCAACUUGAUAAAAGAUGCAAUACAGGCCUCACUGCACUUCAUUAUGCGUGCAUGGCUGAUAGCUUUGAGAUAACGAGGCUUCUCCUUAUGACAGGUGCCGACGUGGAAGCGUCCGAAAGCCAGCACCAGCAGCGGCCCUUGCAUAUUGCCGCUGCUCGCGGCUCGGUGCCUAUCCUAGAGCUUCUUUGCGAGAGGGGUGCUGCACUUGAUGCUCGGAACGGCGUUGGAGACCGUCCUGCAUGUGUAGCGAGUCGCUUUGGCCACGUGGGUGCGGUGCAAAAGCUUCUGGACCGAGGGUCUCCGGUCUGUCUGAAGUUUGAGACAGGUUUCCGUGAAGACUCGCUGCUUUGCCUGGCUGCUUUAGGCGGCCACUGGGCUGUUGCGUCUUUGUUACUGGCUCGGGGUGCAUCGAUCGUAAAGAAGGAUGAAACAGGCUGGACGCCGGUCCGUUAUGCGGCCCACUACGGGCAUACGAGUAUUCUGCAAUUAUUCUUGUCAAGUAACAAGAUCCCACAUGCUAAUUUACCAGAGAUCAUCCAACUACCUCAGACCAUUGGAUUUGCACCUGUGGUUUCUACGGAGAAGAAGGUCGAGGUACAACAGCUUCUCGGACAAUUCUCGAAAUAUCCAGCUCCAGCUCCAGCCCCAGCCUCAACGCAAGGGCCAAUACCGGGUCCAAUUUCUGUACAAGGACCGGUGCCCAGACCGCCACCUGCUCUGAUUACAGAGCCGGCACCUUCACGACGCGAGCAAGCUGGCAUUUCAAUGUCAACCGCGUACGCAUCCCCGGCUCCCUUCGCCAGUGAAGCUGGCAGCACCGCGAUCUAUGAACUUCCAGGAAGCCUGGACCGAGGACCAGAGCCAGCAGAAGGGAAUCAUUCAACCCCUUCAGAACAUUUGCAAGGCAAUAUGAACUCAGUGGAACCGACUACAGCUAUAGUCGGGCAACGGGUACUCACCCCGGAAAUGAGACACCCAGAACCAACACAGGCUGUAGCCGGUGGUCGCAUCGCUGCACUCCUACACAGCGCUGAUGGUUUGUCAACUUCAGCUCCAAAGGGCUCAUCUACAUCUGCAUCUGCAUCUACAUCUACAUCUGUGUCCGGCCCGAGUCAAUCUCGAGACCACGAGGCCCCACGAGUAUCGGCUACGUAUACGCCUUCCGAUCUUACGCUAUCCCACAUCGUGGAAGGAACAGUGUUCUUAUAA